ACUUAAUUAUCCUUAUAGCGUUCCAUAUUUGAAAAGCAACUUUUUCGUCAAACUUGGCAAAACAGACAUGUGCAUUUAGGAUAUAUAUAGUUUAAUGGUUCAUAAUAGGAAGAAUUCCGUUCAUCGUUGUGGACUAUUUGGUCUCCGUAAAAAAUCAGAGAGUCGCUCAUCUUUUACACUCGCAGCGCGAGUCAUCUAACAAACCUGUUAAUAAAAAGAAAUUGCUACGCAUUUUUAAAUACAAACAAAUAUCAACUUUGCCGCGAAGUAUAAGUUGUCAAUUAAAAGUCAUAUUUUAAAAGUGAUUGAAACCAUAAUUUAGACCUGCCAAAGUAUGCCUAUCAAAGUGCAUUACUUUGCGUGUUUUUCUUUCCAUGUUAGUGUGUUAUGAUUUUCUUUUAGGGGGUUCACAGUAUUGUGUAUGUGAUGACGCCCGAAUUAGCACCAAAGAAGCAUAAUAAUUACCUUUCUUUACUUCUUAUUUUUUCUUUCCUGACAUCCGUUGCUGCUGGAGGCGGUAUAUGUUGGGCAACGAAAAGUUGGUGGCAGUCACAACUCUACACAUCUUUAUCUCUGGUUAUACCGCUAUGCCUGAUGUAUUUGUAAGUCCUGUGUAAAAUUUGUUUACCAGUCUGUUAUGUACAAUGUAAGUCCGGUGUAAAAUUAGUUUACCGUUAAGUACAAUGUAGAAGUCUGGUGUAACAUUAGUUUACCAGUCCACCGACCGUUAUGCGUGAUGUAUUUGUGAGUCUGCUUUUAAAUUAAUUCAGUGAUCCACAGAAGAGACAAUAUAUCUUCUUAAAACCAAUUUUCGAACGUUUUUACCAUAUCUUAAAGUUUUUUUAACGUCUAAAACGCAGUGAGAUUGUAAAAUAAACUAUAAACGUUUGCUUAAAAUAUUCAAAAAUAGGCUUAGAGUAAAAUUAAGUACGAAGCUAAGAAGGACUAUACGUAUUCUUACAGGCCUUUUUAUUAGUUUCAGGGUCCUUACCAUCCGUCCGUCGUGUAGCUAAAACCUAAACAAACAUGAGGGUUGCAAAAAGAAUAAUUAUACGUGUCUUCAUUUUCUUUAGCUUUCUUCCUGAAUCAUUUCGAUGGCUUGUCGUUCAAAAGAAAUAUAAACUACUUAAUCAAUAUCUGACAAAAGCUGCAAAGAUGAAUAAUGUGACUUUACUUUCACUGUCAGUUAUCCACAGUGGCGAAACUAUCAAAGGUGUGAAACCGAUAAACAGAAAACGAAUAUCAACAAAAAAAUUGUUUUCAUACAAAGAGCUUCGAAGGAGAUUACUGGCCAUGUUUUUUGCUUGGACAUCAGCAGCUAUUGGAUAUUACACACUAUCGCUGUCCAUGGAAUCCGUCUCUUCAGAUCCGUACUUAGCUGUAAUGAUCGGAGCUUGUUUCGAUACUGUUCCGGUAGUGAUAGCCUUCUUUACCUUGAAUAGGUAGAACUUUUGUUAUUUGUCAGUCUC